CCGGUCAGGCGCAGUUGCCUUUCGCGCGUCCCUGACCGAGCAUCGCGUGGGACUCAAGUCUUUCAGCCUUUCGGCCAUGGAGUGCCCCGUCUGCCUGGAAGACUACGACGCGGCCAAGAGGCGGCCGAAGAGCUUGCCUUGCGGCCACACUUUCUGCAGCCACUGCCUGGGGGGGCUGCAGCCGCUGAGCUGCCCACACUGCCGCAGGGACUUUUCGGAACCCGCAGAGUCCUUGCCGGAUAACUUCGCCGUCCUGGGGAUUGUCGACCAGCAGCGACCACUGUCAUCAGCUAGUGGUGGCUCUCAGGUUCUGGCUCGGAAGCUAUGGUGCGUUGACUGCGACAAGGCGACCGCCGACGCCGACGCUUGCUUGGACCGCGGCCACACCCUCUGCUCGCCGCGCAAGGUGCUUUCGGAGCGGGCGGCGCCGCGGAUGCAGAUGCUGGGGAACGCGGACACGGAGUCGUCAAAGGUGGUGGGGAGCCUGGAGGACGCCAAAAGCACCGUUGAGGGCCUGCUGCAAGAGUGGCGGACCAAGGCGCAGCUAGUCAAGGAGGCCAAGGAGAAGCUGCAGGCGGCGGUGGACGAGGGCAUUGACCUGGACACCGCCCAGCCCGAGAACCUGGAGCAGCUGUUGGACGCGGCCAGCCUGAUGGACAGCAUGGACUGCAAGCUAAAACGCAAGGGCGGCGCCGAUUGGGUGGGCGACCUCGGCGGCGGUGAGAGCCUGAUCCAUGCGCUUGUGUUGCAUCUGCACCGCCACGGACGAAUCGCCAAGGAGCCAACCCAGCCGCAGCCCGCAGCAACGGCAACUCCAGAGCAAGCGGUGAAGGCAACUCAAUUGCAAGCGCAGGUAGCUGCCGCGAGAGCGAAGGCAAUUGCAGCAAUACGAGCGGAAGCGGGGCCCAUUCCAGCGCUUAAUUUAAACAAUUUAAGUGAGACUUCUAUCACAUCGAGCAUGCGAGAGAAGGAGUCCCUGCUGGCCAGCGUGCGGCAGUCCGGGGUGCGGAAGUUGACCUACGUGUACUGUCACCGUGAUCCUGCCUGGGUCCUGGACGUGCUGCGGAGUGCCGCCCCGACGCUGGAGGAGCUUGACGUCCGAGAAGCGCGCCGGGAACACCUUUUGGCCGCGCACGCCAUGCCUCGCUUGCGGCGGAUGGCGUUGGUGUAUGACAGCGGCCAGGACACGCAGCCCCCAGUGCUGCCCGCCCUUCAACGAGCCACCCUGAAGUGGCUGCGUGUGUGGACAUUGCCCCGGCCCACCCUAACGUCGCUGCUACGGGCGCACAGUGCGUCGCUGGAGGUGCUGUGGCUGCGAGUCGGCACCUCGGAGGGCGGGGACUGGCCCCACCGAGGCAAGGACCUGGACGCCCUGCUGUGCGGCCUCCGCGUGUCCAGGGUCGUGCUGUGGAGGUACGGCAUGAGCCACCUCUCCGCGCCCUGCCAAAGACAACUGGCUGCGGUGCGCCGCCUACUUCCAGCCGCCUCGGUGCGGUGCAUGGACUGUGACAAUGUGUUGUGGGAAGCCUUCUAGAGACGUUCGUCACCGCGAUGAUUGGAGUUGGCUCAGUACGUAGGGUCAGUGCGAGGAAGAACUGAACACCCCAUACUUCAAAUACCAUAUGCACAGGCUAACCAUCAAAAUUUGCUCCGGUCAUCAUUGGCUGAGCGAUAGCGAAGCCUGUUACUCCAGUGGGGUUGAAAAGUUUUUCAUGUCUGUCUGUGUGUCUGUGUGUCCGCACUACUCCUCCUAAACGGCUCGGCCGAUUCUGCUGAGAUUUUGC